CCCGAAAAGGCCCCCUGUUCCAUAGGAAAGGAGGCUCACACAUCUUUCAAAUUCAUACUGCUGACUUAUUUCCCCACAACAGAUAAGUGCUGUGAUUUUCAGGCUGAUAUCAUUCAAUUUGACAAUUUAGAACAGGGGGAACGCAUCCUGACAGUCAUUAUCUGGGACUAGGGGAAACACAUCUCGACGGGGAAACAGAUCUCGACACAACACCGGUACAUGCUAGUCGUAAAUUGUACAUCUCCCAGCUUUCUUGCGAUAUUUCACUGAGAAACGGCCCCUAUUGGUCUUGCCCACAAGCGAUUCUGAAAGUAGAAAGUAGAUCGAAUAUAUCGAUUUAAAAUGCUCUUGCACACUUGAUUACAUUGCUACUUUACUCCGAUCACCAUUUAUGCAUUGCACGGUCUUGCUGUGGGUUUGUUUUCGAGCAGGAGAUGAUGGCUACCCUAGUGCAUUACAACAACCUCCUCCACGGGCCUUCUGUGUUGGGGGUGCUCAACGAGCAGCGCCUGAGCGGCCAGAUGUGUGACGUGCUGGUGGUGGGGGACCAGAGGUACCAGGCCCACCGGAGUGUCCUGGCAGCCAGCAGUGAGUAUUUCCAGUCUCUGUUCACACGGACGGAAGCGGAUGCCCCGAAGGUGGUCCACCUGGAUAUCUGUGAAGCGGAUGCCUUUGAGGAAGUGCUGAACUACAUUUCCUCCUCGCUCUUGGUGGACAAGGGCAGCCUGGCAGCCAUACAGGAGCUGGGCUACAGCUUAGGAAUCCCCUUCCUGCCUCAUGUGUCCUAUUGUGUCUCCAGAAAGAGGCUUUCCUUAUCAGAGGAGGAUGAGACCGACAGUCAGACAAGGAGCGUCAUUGUGAUGACGCCCAGAUCCACUCAGCAAGAAGCGCCUCAGCCUCCCACGCAUCACAAUCCUCAACCUGUCAAUUCAAAGGCAACAGGAACAAGUGACGAUGCCGAGCGCAAGCCCGUCUUUCCAUACAGUUCCACAUUGAAGGGCAACAGUUCACUGUCAGUGUCCACCAUGAUCAGGCCGCAGCUCUCAUUCUCUGUGUCUUUCAGCGACAUGCAAGUCCAGUAUAUUAGGUCCCAGCCCGGCUGCGAGAUGGGCAUUAAAGACGAGGAUCCCGUUUACCACGGCCGAGGUGCUUAUCACGGUCAGCCGGGUGUACACAGCCAGACCAUCGACCGAAGCGGGCCGUUCAUUGAAAGCCUCCUGUGUCGAUCGUUGUCCAUGGACAGCACCGUUCCAGUGUUCUCACCGACGCUGGAGCUGCACGGCUGCGAUCAGUACGUCGUCAAUCAGACAUUGACGGGGACGGAUACGUCCGUCCACAACAGUAUUUCCGACACAUCGCCGUCACCGCUCGUUCUCAGGACGAUGUACCCUGGCGGGUACGAUGAACAUGCCACUCAGGUAGACGAUGAGGUCUGCGUGAAGGCCGAGGCCAGCAGCCCUCUGGGGGACCCCCUGGAGGUUCUUCGGAUCACCAUCGGAGACACGUUGCCAGUAAACCUAAAACGUUUCCAACCAAAUAUCGAACAGGGGCCCCGGGCGGGCUUUGAUAACUUUGGAAAGAGAAAGGGGAGGGCAGACAACAGGAGAUGUCCCUUCAAAAAGUCCAGAGGGUUGAUGAACAUUAUCCCACUGAAAACAUCUGUCGCCUCUGCAACAAAGCCUUCAGGACAAACUUUUGCCUUUGGAGUCACUUCCAGUCCCACAUGUCUACCGGAGAGGACGCCGGGGCCAAAGAAGUCGAUAGACGCACGCCAUCGCCUUCCCCGUCGCCGCCCCUGAUAUCUCAACCAACCUCUGAGCAUCCUGGCCCACCGGCUGUUGCAGCCAAGCCAGCCCAGACUGUGCCUGUAGCCGUAGUGAUCGCGGAAAGGCCACAAGGCAGUCCCAGCCCUCGGUCGAGAUCCAACAGCGUGGAGCAGUCGUCUGGCACUCAGGAUCCUGACACUCUGUUCUACCAUGCGCCCACUCUCUCCGCCCUGACAUUUAAAAGGCAGUAUAUGUGUAAACUCUGUCACAGGACAUUCAAGACAGCGUUCAGUCUCUGGAGCCACGAGCAGAGUCACGGCCAUCUGUAGGCCUCACAAAGAGAGUGCACUUUUACCCGGCCCCCCCUACCCCCAGACAGACGCUACCUUAAAUUUAGGUAACACAUCUCAACGUUACACGCGUCAGUUUAAGAAAGGAAGACUCUGAUUGUAUAAACUACUCGCUUGCCUCCAUGUCAUGUAUUCAAGUGGUCAUUAGAGGUGUAAUGGGUAAUGUGUGCAAUGAAACGCUAUUUUAGAUCUCACUAGAUGAGAUGGUUGGAUGGUUUGCAUAUUGUUUUAACUAGUUUGCUCAUUUAGCAUUUUCUUCACUUCUGGUUCUUUGUUUUUUCAAAUGCUUUUAAUUAGUUGGAAUAAGUAAAACGCAGGCUAGUGCUUUUGUAUAUAUCUAUUGGGUCUGUAGAUGUAUUUCUCAUGGUGGCCUCAGCAAGCACUUUGUUACUAAUCAAUGUCCCGAACUCAUUUUUUAGCACCCGAUCCGAUUCCGAUAUUUUCAUGUUGCUCCCGAUC